AUCGAUUUAGGAGUUCCCUGCAGCCAGCGCUGUUGUACUGCUAGAGCAACACAGAAAAUUUAACCGAAGUAAUCUGACAGGCCAUCACCUUAAUAGAAAGAGGUUGAUUGUUAAUUUUAUCUAUCAGUCGUUGUGGCAAAAUUAACUACUUGUUAAAGAUUAGUUGUACAUUCCUAGUUAUUCGUAAGUUAAGUUGCUUGUAUGGGAUUGAAUGAUAACAAGAUGGUUCUAUUUACGUAUUCGGCAUAUAUUAUUUUUUUUAUUAUAGCUGUAUACAUUUUGCAGGAUAAGACGGUAAAUAAGCAUGUCGAACUCGAAUCAAUAUUCCACGACAACCAAAAAAACUACCUACUCUUAUUCCGAUUCAAACACGGGGCCGACGUCCAAGUCGACAGUUACUGAAGUUCGUACAUUUUCUGGACCGGGUGGCACUAGAACUGAAACGAAAACUUACUCUUACGGUGGAAAUGGAAAUCAAGAACAAGGCAUCACUGCCAGGCAUUCUGCACCAGAUAUGGCUUUAAGAGGAUCGAGGUAUUCGAAGGGUUGGGGCUCUCGAAGAGAGACUAGACCACCAGCGGGACCUCCCAUGGAGUUGGAGGGGAAAACUUAUCAAGAGGUUAUACAGCAAUGCCAGAGGGAGGGCAGAUUAUUUGAAGAUCCCGAUUUUCAUGCUGAUGAUUCAAGCCUAGUGUUUAGUGGUAGACCUGGACGGUCAAUUGAGUGGAAGAGACCGCACGUGCACCUAGCCUUUUCCAGCUAUGCAGAUAAAAAAAAUGCUAGACUGGUAUAUGAACUGUGCGAUGAUCCAAAAUUAUUCGUGGAAGGAGCUAGCAGAUUUGAUGUUAAACAAGGAGAGCUUGGCGACUGUUGGCUUCUAGCCGCCAUCGCUGGCUUAACUUUAUAUGAAGAACUGCUUUUCAAAGUUGUUCCUCCAAAACAAUCGUUUGAGAAGAGCAGAGGCUAUUGUGGUCUAUUCCACUUUAGCUUCUGGCGUUUUGGAGAAUGGGUUGACAUAUUUAUUGAUGAUCGUCUUCCAACAUAUAGAAAUCGCUUGGUUUAUAUGCACUCUAAAGAAACAAAUGAAUUCUGGACUGCUCUAUUGGAGAAGGCUUAUGCUAAAUUGGUCGGAUCGUAUGAAGCUUUGAAAGGAGGAUCUGCUGCUGAGGCAAUGGAAGAUUUUACUGGCGGUGUCACUGAAAUUUUUGAUAUCAGACCCAAGACAAAACCUCCAAACCUGUGGACUAUCAUGCUGAAAGCUUUUGAACGCAAUUCAAUGAUGGGUUGUUCAAUUGAAGCUAUUCCUAAUCAGACAGAGGCUAGACUCACUAAUGGUCUUAUUUGCGGUCACGCUUAUACUAUUACUGCCGUAAGAACUGUUGAAGUAUCUACGCCUAAUAAAACAGGCAAAAUACCUAUGAUAAGAAUACGUAAUCCUUGGGGAAAUGAGGCCGAAUGGCGAGGAGCUUGGUGUGAUGGCUCUAAGGAAUGGAAAUUCAUAAGCGAUGCCGAGAAAAAAAAGAUUGGGCUUGUAUUCGACAAUGACGGUGAAUUCUGGAUGUCUUUCCAAGACUUUUCAACUGCUUUCCACAAAUUGGAAAUUUGUAAUCUUGGUCCUGAAUCUCCUCUCGAUGAGAAAACUCACAAACGUAAAUGGGAAGGCACCAAACAAAAUGGAUGCUGGAAGAGGAACGUCAAUGCUGGUGGUUGCCGAAACUAUUUGGAGACAUUUUGGACAAAUCCUCAAUAUCGUGUAACUGUAACUGAUCCUGAUGAAGAUGAUGAAGAAAAUCUUGGAACAAUAAUUGUAGGACUUAUGCAAAUUGGAAGACGUAAGUUACGUAAGGAAGGAAAAGAUCUUUUGACUAUUGGAUAUGUCAUUUACGAGUUAAAAGACUCUGGAGCUGAACCUUUGGAUGUACAAUUUUUUAAAUACAACCAAUCGAAGGCAAGAUCGCCAUCAUUCAUUAAUAUGAGAGAAGUUUGUGGUCGUCACAAGCUUAAACCCGGAAACUACUGCAUAAUACCUUCAACUUUUGAACCCAAUCAUGAAGCCGAUUUCCUAAUGAGAAUCUUUUCUGAACAAAAGAACGAUUCAAAAGAAUUGGACGAAGAAACCUGUAUUACAAAUGUUCGACCAAGUUUGCCACCUGCUGAUCCUGAUGCAGAUUCGCAAAUGAGAGCUGCUUUCAAGAGUAUUGCUGGCGCCGAUAUGGAAAUUGACGCUUACGAAUUACAAGUAAUUUUGGACAAUGCAUUCAAAAGAGAUUUCAAAUUUGAUGGAUUCUCUGCAGAAACUUGUAGAAGUAUGGUUGCUCUGCUUGACAAUGAUAGAUCCGGUAAAUUAGGAUUUGAAGAAUUUAAGAAGCUUUGGACUGAUAUAAGAAUGUGGAAGACUGUUUUCAAGCAACACGAUAAGGAUAAGAGUGGAAAUUUCAACAGUUACGAAUUACGUGCUGUUUUCCAUGCUCUUGGAUUUAAACUCAGUAAUUCGACGUUUAAUGCGUUGGUUAAACGCUAUACUCAUAAAGAUGGUUGCAUCUAUUUCGAUGAUUUUGUGCAUUGUAUAGCAAGAAUGAAAACUAUGUUUGACAUUUACAAAGAAAUGCAGACCAGCCCUCGUGGAAAGGCUGAAUUCGAUUUGGAUUGCUUUAUCCAAACUACAAUGUACUCUUGA